AUGUCUUGCAGAUCCACCGUGAGGAGCCAAAACACCAGCCGCCGGGGCUUCAGUGCCGGCUCAGCCCGAGUCCCUGGGGUCUGCCGCUCUGGCUUCAGCAGCGUGUCGGUGUCCCGCUCCAGGGGCGGUGGUGGACUGGCUGGAGUGUGUGGAGGAGCUGGCUUUGGCAGUCGCAGCCUCUAUGGCCUGGGGGGCACCAAGAGGAUCUCCAUCGAAGGGGGCAGUUCUGCCAUCAGUGGCGGAUACGGCAGCAGAUUCGGAGGUGGCUUUGGCUUUGGUUUUGGAGGUGGAGCUGGGAGUGGAUACGGUUUUGGUGGUGCAGCUGGGCUCGGUGGUGGAGCUGGCUUUGCUGGUGGCUAUGGGGGCGCUGGCUUCCCUGUGUGCCCCCCUGGAGGCAUCCAAGAGGUCACCGUCAACCAGAGUCUCCUCACUCCUCUGACUCUGGAAAUCGACCCCACCAUCCAGCGAGUGAGAACUGAGAAGCGGCAGCAGAUCAAGACCCUUAACAACAAGUUUGCCCCCUUCAUCGACAAGGAGUGUUCUCAGAUGCAGUCCCGUAGCUCAGACAUUUCUGUGGUCCUCUCCACGGACAACAAUCGUAACCUGGACCUGGACAGCAUCACUUCUGAGGUCAAAGGCCUAUACGAGAAGAUUGCUCACAUGAGGCAGGCUGAGGCCAGAUCCUCACACCAGAGCAAGCCCACCGUCUCCGGUGGCUAUGGCGGUGCCAGCGGUGCCAGCGGUGUCGGCAGUGGCUACUCCCGCAGCAGCAGCAGUCACAGCCUUGCAGGUGGCUUCAGUUCCAGGAAUGGCAGAGCCUUAGGAAGUGGCCUCAGCUCCACCAGGGGCAGCAGUUUCACCAUUAAGUACACAGCCACCUCCUCCUCCAGCAGGAAGAGCUACAAGCACUGA